CACUCGUCUCCAGGAGCAACUCUUCUUUUGUUAUAUAUAUAUAUAUAUUUAUAUAUAUAUAUAAAACACCUCCUGCCUGGGAAACAUAACAGAAUCUGUUGAUGCGAUUUAGAGAUCACACCAAGUUGAAGCGGCUGCGUCAAGUUGAUUUAAAUCCAAGCAAAAAAAGAGAAAGAGCGAGAAAGAAGAAGCUUUGUUUGACUGUGGGAUAAUCGUGCAGGAUCUGCGGCGGAUACUCUCCUGCGUGCGGACACACACGGGAGCUCAGAGGGAUUUGGGGGUGGAUGUUUUUUAAAUGUUCACCAGCUUUGUCACAAUAUUCACUGGACGCGGCCACGAGCUCCUGGACUCUCCGACUCCCUUGUUAAGAAGCAGAAGGGAAAAUGUUGUGGGACAAACUGUGCUGGCUGCUGGCCCUUCUGGCCUUGUCGUCCGCAGUGCUGUCUUCCUCUAAUGAGCCCCUCUCUGCUCCGAGGAUCUUCCUGUCCUUCAAAGAGUUGAAAUCCACUGGCACCGCUCACCACUUCUCCUUUCUGCUAAACUCGACCGACUAUCGCAUCCUCCGCAUGGACGAGGACCACGACCGCAUGUAUGUGGGCAGCAAAGAUUAUAUCCUCUCUCUGGAUCUGCACGAUAUCAACAAGGAGCCACUCAUAAUACACUGGCCUGUUGUCCCCCAAAGGAAAACCGAAUGUGUUUUGUCUGGAAAAGACACGAAUGGAGAAUGUGGAAACUUCAUCCGUCUGAUCGAGCCGUGGAAUCGGACCCACCUGUACGUGUGUGGAACGGGCGCGUACAACCCCAUCUGCACCUACGUGGACCGAGGACGCAGGUCGCAGGGGUCCCACUAUCUACAGGCACCCCAAUCAGGAGGGAGAACAAGUCGGGCAGCAGACACCACCGCUACAACCGAGCAUUUGGACGCGAAGGAAUAUAUUUUCCGACUUGAACCCGGUAAAGUGGAUUCUGGGAAAGGAAAAUGUCCGUAUGAUCCCAAACUUAACAGCGUCUCUUCUCUGAUCAAUGGAGAGCUGUAUGCAGGCGUCUACAUCGACUUCAUGGGAACAGACUCGGCUAUCUUCCGCACGCUGGGGAAGCAGACGGCCAUGAGGACGGAUCAGUACAACUCCAGAUGGUUAAACGAUCCCACAUUCAUCCACGCACACCUCAUCCCAGACAGCAAUGAGAAGAAUGAUGACAAGCUCUACUUCUUCUUCCGCGAGAAAGCCUCCGAGAUGGGCCAAAGUCCCAUGACCCAGUCCAGGAUAGGGCGGAUCUGCCUGAAUGAUGACGGUGGACACUGCUGUCUGGUCAACAAGUGGAGCACUUUUCUGAAGGCUCGACUCAUCUGCUCCGUGCCAGGAGCUGACGGCAUGGAGACACAUUUUGAUGAACUCAGGGAUGUGUAUAUCCAGCCCACUCAAGAUACCAGGAAUCCUGUCAUCUAUGGUGUCUUCUCCGUGUCGGGAGCCGUGUUUAAAGGCUCGGCAGUGUGCGUUUACUCCAUGGCUGACAUCCGCAUGGUCUUCAAUGGACCGUUUGCCCACAAGGAAGGACCCAAUUACCAGUGGGUGGCGUACACAGGGAAGAUCCCCUACCCACGACCUGGCACUUGUCCUGGAGGCACUUUCACCCCCAACAUGAAAUCCACAAAGGAUUAUCCAGACGAGGUUAUCAACUUCAUGAGAAACCACCCGACCAUGUACAACCCCAUAUAUCCAGUGCACAAGCGCCCCCUGGUGGUGAGAACUAACGUGGACUAUGAGUUCACCACCAUUGCAGUGGACCAGGUGACGGCCGCCGACGGCAGCUACGAGGUUCUCUUCCUGGGAACAGAUCGGGGGACGGUCCAGAAAGUGAUUGUCCUGCCGAGAGAUGACUUACAGACAGAAGAGCUGGUCUUAGAGGAAGUGGAGGUCUUCAAGGUUCCUACGUCAAUUACCACCAUGAAGAUUUCAUCCAAACGGCAACAACUGUACGUGGGCUCAGUGCUGGGCGUGACCCACUUAGCUCUGCACCGCUGCGACGUGUACGGUGAAGCCUGCGCCGACUGCUGUCUGGCCAGAGACCCGUACUGCGCCUGGGACGGCAAAUCCUGCUCAAGGUACUCGGCGUCACAGAAGAGACGGAGCCGCCGACAGGACGUAAAGUACGGCAACCCGAUCCGCCAGUGCAGAGGUUACAACUCUAACGCAAACAAGAACACGUUGGAGGCGGUUCAGUAUGGUGUGGAGGGAAGCACCACGUUCCUGGAAUGCCAGGCCCGCUCUCCGUACAUGUCUCUGAAGUGGCACCUGCAGAAGGAAAACAGCGACAGGAGGAAAGAGAUUCGCUCAGAAGGCCGCAUCCUGAAAUCAGAACAAGGUCUUCUGAUCCGCUCGCUGCAGUCCGCAGACAGCGGCAUUUACCACUGCAGCUCCACGGAGAAGAACUUCAAACACAUGCUCGUGAAACUGCAGCUCGUGGUUCUCUCCAGCCGCACGGUCAACAACGUGCUGGUGGAGACGGGCAGUCCGGCCCUGCCUCCGCUCCAGUCCAGCGCCUGGACUCCGAGCGCCGGCCAGUACAAAGACCUGCUGACCAUUCUGAGCCAGCCGGAGAUGGGCCUGAUCAACCAGUACUGUCAGGACUACUGGCAGCUUGGAGACGGCACGCUCGGGGACAACAAGGCCAAAAGCCUGAAGGAGCUGAAAGAACAGAAGAAGCCGCGCAACCGCCGGCAUCACGACGAGCAGACGACUCCAGCUGAGACAUGAGAAGCUGGACAGAACCCACGCAGUCGUCCUCAAUCAUCACCCGUCUACCUGUGCACACGGCAAACCAUCUGUUUCGUGAAAAGACUUCACACCGAUAAUAGAAACAUGGAAGUUUCCUAAUGGGAAAGAACAAGACACUUGCAACCCAAAGUAACAGCAUCGCGACAGUUUCUAUGUAACUGUUUCAAAACAAGUACACAAUAUUUAUUGUAAGUUGUAAAAAGUAAUUCUUUGUACGUAUCUUAGAAGACAUGUUUUUUUGUGAAUAGGUAAAUCUGUGCAAAUAUUGUUGUUAUUAUAAUAUUAUUGUGCGUGAUCUUUCUUUAUAAUAAUUGUGUUAUUAUGUUGAGGAUACCUUUUUAUGUUUGGUGUUUUUUGGAGAACGAUAGCCCCACCCCCCUCCCCGCGCGGCGUGGAUGUGGACCGUGCUCAGAGACUGUAACAGGCGACCGUGUUGGAUCACAUGACUGCAGGCAGUAUUUAAGUGUCAAAGCUGGGACGUGGAGUCCAGGACGUAGCUGAACCCUCUCGGCUUCCCAGAACUUUUUUUCACCAGAACUCAGACAAAGACGCGCGCUGUCGACAGGAAGUCGAUGAUGGCAUUUCACAGGGACAUGUGAGGGAUUAAAGGAAAUGCCCGCAGACUGCAGCCGUGACGGCGCGUCACACUCGCACGACCACAUGUUGAACGAAAGACGCGUCUUUUGAUGAUGUGGUUCAAUCACUCGCGCCCCCAAAUUCUUCCUAAACCAAGUGUUUUGUUCUGUUUAUAUGUGAAUAUCACAUUUCAAUGUUGUAACCUUAAAAAAAAUAAUCUUUGUGAUAAUAAGCUGUUUUGGGGUGGUGGGGGGGGGGUUGGAGAAAUUGUCUUUUAACAACAGGAGAAGCUGAAAACAUAACAUUGCCUUCUCUUUUAUCUCUUUUAACGAGAUUAAAAAUUCCAGCGGGCAGCUAACUACACGUGAGUUUGUGCCAGUUUGUGAUUAAGAACUAUUAAAGAGACAACGAAGCACCUUCUGUCGCCAAACGCGCUCAUCUCAACGCACAGUCGACACUUGACAUGUUUUAUGCAGUGUGUGGUGUCUCUACAGUAAAUGAAUCCAAAGUUUGCAUUCCUGCCAGUUUUCUCUCACUAAAGGGAAUAUUGUGUCCGGCCGCUUCAAUAAUCCACACAAAAUGUCACCACAGAGCUUUCACUGCGACCCUUUUUCUUUCUCCGCCUUGUGUCGUCGUGCCGUCCUGCGCUCAACACAGUGUACACACACACACACACACACAACCACGAACCUGAAGAGAAACCUUGUACCAGUAUCUUCAGAAGGUGGCUUGUCGUUGUGCAUGGGCAUGUACAUGUAUAUGGUAUUUGUCUAAAAUACUGCGUGGCUGUGCAAAACGGUUCAUUUCUGUGGGAUUUUAAACCCUCUUUUUUAUUCUCCCUCUCUCGCCCACUCUCUCAUAAAUUAGGGAAAACAAAAUGUGCAUCUUUGAAAAAUCUACUGCAUCUACAGUAUCUUGUUUUUCCUCUACUGGACACACGUUUGAGGUUAAAUUGAUGUAUGAUAUCCUGCACAGUUGAUGUUCUGAUGUAAUGACUUGUAAGAUAUUACUCUCAUCUUUUCUUCCUCAUCAAUGUUGCGGACUAAUAAAUUAAAGCUCUAUAUUUUAUAAUAACA